UGCGGCGUGUGGCUGGACGCGGCGGCGCUGAAGAGGCGGAAGGUGCAGACACAUUUAAUCAAGUCAAGCACCAAAAUGCUACCACUCUUGCCUAGAGAGAGAAAGGCUGCUCAAAGAACUCCACCUGCAGGCGUUCGGCAGACCAGCAUUGCUUCCUUCUUCACCUUGCAGUCGGGAAAGAAAAAUGGUGAUCAGAGGAGUGUUUCAUCAUAUAUAGAAAGUCAGACCAACAGAGAGUCUAAGAAAGAUGCAACCCAGCUAGACCAUCUGACCCAGGGCUUGGGCGAUGAUUGCGUGGCACCCCCUUUAGCCUCUUCAACCCCUACAGACAUCCAGGAAGCUGGACUUUCUCCUCAGUCCCUCCAGGCUUCUGGCCACCACAGACUGGGAACCCCAUUCUUGACUGUGCUGUCUUUGUUCCAGCCUGAGACUAACUUAGUCUGUGCUGGAGAGAAUCAAGACUCACUGGCUUGUUCCUUCACCCAGGACGUGGAAAGUUCUUGCUUGCUGGACCAGAAGGAGGGAGAGAAGGAUUCUUCCUGGAAAAGGGAAUGGCUUCAUGGGUCUAAGAAAAAGAACCGUCAGGGGAGUCCUGGAGUGGAGAAAACACAGAGGCAGUGAAACAAAGGUCUUGUCCUGUUCCUGUGGUCUCCUGGGACAGUGAGAAGGAUGACAGGGACUCCUGGAGUCAGCUUUUCACUGAGGAUUCUCAGGGCCAGCGGGUCAUUGCUCACAACUCC